CAGCUUUGCCUUUCUGGCGGUUUGAUUCAAAAUGAUUCUAGACGAGAGUAGUCAUCAAAUGGAACGUGUUGUUUGAGAGGCUGAGCGGUUUAAGUGUUUUGAAGUUGCUUUUUACGUAUUAUCGCGUUCACAGUUGUGUUCGAACAGUGGUUACAUUAUGGCAGAAGGAGAGGCUGAAUGGGAACUGAGCAAAGAGAACAUUCAGCCACUGAGGCAGGGUCGGGCGAUUUCAGCCUUGCAUCAAGCACUCAGCCAGCAGCAGGAGGGAACGAACUACACUGCUAUUCAGCAAACUCAGCAGGCUUUUGAAUCAGAGCUUCGGAUUUACAAUGGCGAUGAUCCACUUGAUGUUUGGGAUAGGUACAUAAGGUGGACACAACAGACCUACCCCCAGGGAGGAAAGGAGAGUAACCUGUCUGUGCUUUUAGAGAGAGCGGUUAUGUUAUUUGCUGAAGAAAAGAAAUAUCAUAAUGAUAUUCGCUAUGUCAGCCUCUGGAUUAAAUUUGCAGAGAACAGCACAGAACCCAUGGAUUUUUAUACAUAUAUGAAUGGGCAGGGGAUUGGAGUUGUGCAGGCUGCUUUUUACAUCGCCUGGUCUGAAGAGUAUGAAAAGCGUGGAAACUUCAAGAAGGCUGAUACCGUAUAUAUGGAGGGAAUAAAGUGCGGUGCUGAACCUGGUGAUAAGCUGCAGCAGUAUCACAAGGCUUUCCAGGCACGUGUGUCCCGGCAGGUGGUGUUGAACAUGGCAAGUGGAGGGCAGGAGGACAGCCCUGAGCCAGCACCGCCUCAGAGAUCAUCACUGGUGGACCUGAAACACAGGGGCAAGAAGAAGGCGAUUGUCCCCAUCAACAGGACUGGGGUUUCAGUCAGCCAUCAUGCGCAUGGGCUGAGUUUAAACCUGCCUGCUGCCUCUCACCACGCUCAGAACAGUCAGACCAUGGUGUUUGACGAAAACCGGGCUCCUGUUGCACAGUCUUCUGAUCCCAGACCAGAACAAUGGCUGGCACCACCUGUGGCAAGGUCCAAGGAGAAUGACCUCAUGCCUGAAAAAUGGACUAAUGUUCGGAUGCCCAAGAAGAAUAGGUUUGGUCACACUAUGGUGGUCCCUCCCAGUAAGCCCAACUUCGAGCCAUUUGUGGAGGAGUCUGAUCAGCCUCCAGCUGUCACCCCGUGUAAGAUCAACCCAGCGGUGAACAGGGUGUUGUCUGCUCGCAAGCCGUCCAAGGAGGAGAAUCCCCUGGAGCGUCUGCAGGAGCAGCAGCAGGUGCCGGGCCCGACGCGGGAGCAGAGCAUGUACUGCAAGGAGCUGCUGCUCAGUGGCGCCACCGAGUUCUGCUUCGAGGAACUGCGUACAGAACGCUACCGGAAAAAGUUGGCCCAGGACCUUGAAGAUAAGGAGGCCAAUUUGAGAAGGGUUAAAGACGACCUGCGGAGACGGAUUGAGGAGAGGCAACGAUUGCUUCUGGAGAAGAGUCAUGAGACGGAUGCUGGUCAUCAGGCACAACGUUGUGUGGUGGAGAGUCAGGCAGUUCAGCAUGUGGAGCACUCUCUGCCUGGACCCUCUUCAUCCAUGUCACAGGGGUCCGUUGCUGGGUUCAAAGUGUUUGAUGAAUCCAAUGCCAGUUCUUCAGGCAGAAUUUGCCCUUUGAAAGUGUAUAGGAAUACUGACUCAGGUGACUCAGUCCCCAAGCUGGAAACGAUUCAGACGAAUGAAGCGCAGUCAAAGGCCAUGCCUUUCGCCGUGUUUGAUGAAAGUGCCAUGUGUGAACAACCGCAGGAAGAGGUGCCCAUGGUUGUGUCUCAACCCUCAGCCCGCAAACCUUUAUGUGCCAUACUGAAACCACAAGGAGAUGGACCUGCUACAAGACCCUCUGAAAGUGAUUGUUUAGAAGGAAUCGAGCCUCUAAACGAGGACGCUAUUAUCGGAAGCUACCGUAACAACACCCUGUGUCACAUCCCAGACGACACGUGCGAGUUCGCCCGGGCUGCCCAGCUGGCCUCCACCCCGUUCAGCGGGGGCCUGAACCGCAGGCCCUCCCUCGGCAUGGAGAGCGGCCUGGGAGAGGACCUGUGUGCAGCUGGGGCCAGCGCCUUGAAAGAUGUCCCAACCUUUACGAGCGCACAGGCUGGCUUUGAGGGAGCCCUGAGAGUGAAGAAGCUCAGCCCCAUCCAGGAAGCGAGCCUGGAAGAUGGUUCCUACUCCGGGUCCUCGGUCUCCUCCUCCUCCCUGGCUGGAGCCUCCUCCAUGAGGACUAUGAAUCUGUCCAAGCCGGUGUUUGGGCACGCCGAGGCAUCUCAAGAUAACGAGCCCAACACUCCAGAAACCGAAGUAAAGGAUCCCACCAGUGAGAAUGUGAGGAGACUAGCCCUUGAAAAAAUUGACCUGAGUUCCUUUCCACACUUCCACAGCAAGUCGGGACCUUUGCCCACAGUAGUUGAGCAUGAAGUGUUGUCUGCAGGUGACGAGGCCUUUGUAAUUCUUUCUGGGAUAAUCAGCAGUGAAAGCUCCACGGUGCAUUUUGGACAAACCAAAUACUGUGAAAAUGUAGUUAUCAAGGUUGAUCUCCACCCCAUUCCUUGGGAUUUCUAUAUCAAUACCCAACUGAGGAAUCGACUGGGAUCAGAUUCUACCAAGUACUUCAAUGAUCAAAGCAGGUGUUUCCUGUAUGAGGAUGGAUGUGUUACCGUCAGCUGGGGUCAUUACCAGGGUACACUGCAAGAGUGUUUGGCCAAAUCUCCCCUUCAGGAAAGUGUUGCAGCUCUUCUAGUGAUUGAGCUGUUGGAGCUGGUGGGGCAGAUGCACUCCUGUCACCUAGUGCAUGGGGAUCUCCGCCCUAACACCUUGUUCCUGAGGCACAGGACGGGCUGUGAAGGGCUGGAGGGUGUGCUGAGGGCCGUAGAUUUCUCCUGCUCUCUGGACCUUGACCUGCAGCCCGAGGUGACCUCCGUCCUGGGCCACCCUGGAGCCCAAGCGUUCCUCCAACAGGGCGUGUUGUCAUCUGCCUCCAGUCCUUACCAGAUUGACCUUCUCGGGAUUGCAGAAACUGUGCACGUAAUGUUGGAAAAACGAAGUAUGCAACUCGUGUGCAGAGACUCUGAAUGGGAACUUGCAGAAGAUCUACAAGUGGCAUAUGGAAAUCCUGAUGAUGUUUGGCGUAACUUCUUCAGGAAGAUCCUGAAUCCAGGCUCCCAAUCUACCGUCUCCGUCCUGUCAGAGCUGCAACAGCUCAUGAAGAAGCAUUUCAACUACAGCAUUGAGGAUGAACUGGCAUUCCACCACGAAUGAACACUCAAUCAGAUGGCUCAACUUUUAUUCUCCUUUCUUGUUCUUCUUUUUGAAUAUAAUUUGCAUAGAAAACACAAUUAUGUUUUAAUGUAACUUGGCUUUUAUUAUGGAGAACUUUUACUUUUGUACAAUUUUAGCUGUUUUAACCUUAAUCUGAUGCAUAGCAGUACUUUGGGUUGUUUCACUCUGUAACAACUUGUUUGUUUCACACUGCUUUUGUUGUCAGAAUAAACCCCCAUCCAGUCUUCACCUUCAAUUCGGUGCCAAUUGGGGGUUAUUGGUUGCAUUGGGAUGCUAAUUACACCCCGAAAUUAGAUGUAUAAGACUACCAUACACAGUAUGUUAAAGCCUUAAAAUUUAGUACUCUUUGGAACUCUUUUUUUGUUUGUUUUUGUUUUCAGAAGGUAGAAAUAUAGAAUCUCCUCAAUCUAUUAUGAUAAU